AUGAGGGAGAUCCUCCACGUUCAGGGUGGGCAAUGUGGAGACCAGAUUGAUUCCAAGUUCUGGGAGGUGGCGUACGACGAGCAUGGCAUCAUCCUCACGGGGCGCUAUGUCGGCACCUCUGAUCUGCAGCUGGAGCGUGUCAAUGCGUACUACAAUGAGGCUUCGUAUGGUCGCUUUGUGCCCUGUGAUGUCCUUGUGGAUCUUGAGCCUGGUACUAUGGGCAGUGUCCAUCCAGGACCGUACAGGCAUAUCUUCUGCCCCGACAACUUUAUGUUUCGGCAGUCUGGUACUGGUAACAACUGGGCCAAGUGUCAUUACACUGAGGGUGCUGAGCUCAUUGAUUCUGUUCUUGAUGUUGUCAGGAAGGAGGCUGAGAACUGUGCUGAGCUCAUUGAUUCCGUUCUUGAUGUUGUCAGGAAGGAGGUGUAG